AUAGACAACCUAACAACAGAACCAAGAAGGAGCUGAUAUCGUUCAGAACGCUACGGAAAGGUGGGACCGACUACUGAAGAAAAUAACUCCUGUCCACCGCUGGAAACUGAAUGUAACUAUAUAGCACGCCUAUAGGAAGGAUUUAUCCCACUCGGAUUGGAAAGUGAAUACAUUGUUAUGUUGAUGACGUACUGAACGAGUGUCAUUAGCAACAGACGGUUCAGUUGUAUGCUAUUGGUUCCGGCCAGUGAGGUCCCGACCCCUUCGCCAAAAUCCGGCUGUUAGAUGUGACCACGAGGCUGAUCAGGAGAAGCCACCAUGUCUUAAACGGAGACGGGCCCUCGGGAGCCCUGUCCCCCCACCCGGGCUCCCCCUCGCCCAUUCACCACCUGCCCCUCACCCCCGGCCCGGCCCCGCUCCCGGACCUCCCGCCCCAUGUCAGGGACCGGCUCCCCGGCUCGGGCUCCCCCCUGGUCCCCGGCUCCCCGCCCUACGGGGCCAUGAGCCAGCAGAAGCACCGGCACCUGGGCGCAGGGGUGAUGGGCUCGGACCGGGACAUCCAGUCCACAGCCUCCUCGGUCUCCCUUCCCUCGGUGAAGAAAGCCCCCAAGAAGAAGCGGCGCCUCUCCUUGGCCUCGCUGUUCCGGAGGCGAGGCCGGGAGUCCAAGGCCACGCGGCACCGGUCCCGGGAGAUCCAGCUUCACGGCCACGGGGGGCUCAGCGGCGUGGACGGCAUCGCAAGCAUCGAGAGCAUCCACUCUGAGAUGUGUAGCGACAAGAGCUCGGCCUUGUCCGCCGCCCCCGCCAUCGCCUCCACCUCGGCUGCCUCCGGGCCCGGCUCCGCCUCCUCCUCCACCUCCAACGCCGCGGGCGGGUCCGGGGCGACGGAGCUGUUGGAAUGCCCCCUGUGCCUUCUGCGCCACGCCCGGGACAGCUUCCCCGACAUCAUGACAUGCCACCACCGCUCCUGCGCAGACUGCCUGCGCCAGUACCUGCGCAUCGAGAUCUCCGAGUCCCGCGUCAACAUCAGCUGCCCCGAGUGCUCGGAGCGCUUCAACCCCCACGACAUCCGCAUCAUCCUGGGCGACCGCGCCCUCAUGGAGAAGUACGAGGAGUUCAUGCUGAGGAGGUGGCUGGUGGCCGACCCGGACUGUCGCUGGUGUCCUGCACCGGACUGCGGGUACGCGGUAAUCGCUUUCGGCUGCGCCAGCUGCCCCAAGAUCACGUGCGGCCGCGAGGGCUGCGGCACGGAGUUCUGCUACCACUGCAAGCAGCUGUGGCACCCCAACCAGACCUGCGACGCGGCGCGCCAGCAGCGGGCCCAGAGCCUGCGGCUCAGGACGGUGCGGUCGUCCUCGCUCAGCUACAGCCAGGAGAGCGGCGCCGUAGCUGACGACAUCAAGCCGUGCCCGCGCUGCGCCGCCUACAUCAUCAAGAUGAACGACGGCAGCUGUAAUCACAUGACCUGCGCCGUCUGCGGCUGUGAGUUCUGCUGGCUGUGCAUGAAGGAGAUCUCUGACCUGCACUACCUGAGUCCGUCAGGCUGUACGUUCUGGGGCAAGAAGCCGUGGAGCAGGAAGAAGAAGAUCCUCUGGCAGCUGGGCACGCUGGUGGGGGCCCCGGUGGGCAUCGCCCUCAUCGCCGGCAUCGCCAUCCCAGCCAUGAUCAUCGGCAUCCCUGUGUACGUGGGGAGGAAGAUCCAUAACCGCUACGAAGGCAAAGACAUCUCCAACCACAAGAGGAACCUGGUGAUAGCGGGUGGCGUGACCCUGUCCGUCAUCGUGUCUCCGGUGGUGGCAGCCGUCACUGUUGGCAUCGGCGUGCCCAUCAUGCUGGCCUACGUCUACGGCGUGGUGCCUAUCUCUCUGUGCCGCAGCGGGGGUUGCGGCGUCUCCGCCGGGAACGGCAAGGGCGUCCGCAUCGAGUUUGAUGACGAGAACGAGAUGAACGCCGGGAGCGGUGCAGUCGCGACCGACACAACGUCGGUGGCCGACACCCGUAACAACCCCAGUAUCGGCGAGGGCAGCGUGGGGGGUCUCACGGGGAGCCUGAGCGCCAGCGGCAGCCACAUGGACCGCUUGGGCGCCAUCCGGGACAACCUGAGUGAGACGGCGUCCACCAUGGCCCUGGCCGGCGCCAGCAUCACCGGCAGCCUGUCUGGCAGCGCCAUGGUCAGCUACCUGAACAGGCUGGAGGUGCAGGCGGAUGUGCAGAAGGAGCGCUGCAGCCUGAGCGGCGAGUCGGGCACGGUCAGCCUGGGGACAAUCAGCGACAACGCUAGCACCAAAGCAAUGGCUGGAUCCAUUCUCAACGCCUACAUGCCCCUGGACAGAGACUGCAACAGCAUGGAGGUGCAGGUGGACAUCGAGUCCAAGCCCGGGAAGCUGCGGCACCACAGCGGCAGCAGCAGCGUGGACGACGGCGGCGGCGGCGGCAGCGGGGGCCACGGUGGCCGCUGCGGCUGGACCUGCCCGUCGGCCGCCUGCGCCGCCUCCUUCUCCUUCUCCGAGGGUAAGGGGGCCCGGGAGGCCAACGGCUCCUCCUGCUCCUCGUCCACCGGCUCAGGCGGUAAGAAGAGCAAGGGCAAGCUCCGCAAGAAGGCGGGUGGCCCCAAGAUCAGCGAGACGCGCGAGGACAUGGACUCCCACCUGCUGGAGCAGCGCAGCACCAACUCCUCGGAGCUGGACUCGCCGUCGCUGAGCGGCAGCUUGCCCUCCGUGGCCGACUCCCACUCCAGCCACUUCUCGGAGUUCAGCUGCUCGGACCUGGAGAGCAUGAAGACGUCCUGCAGCCACGGCUCGGGGGGCGGCGGCGGGGAGCACCACGCCCUGCGCUUCGCCACCGUCAGCCCGCUGCCCGAGGUGGAGAACGACCGGCUGGAGACGUACCCCGCUGCGGCGGGGUCCCCUUCUCCGCCCCUGUUCCACCACCCCCCCGCCUUCCCCACGGCCCCCUCGUCCCUGGGGCCCGGGCCAGAGCCCUCCCCACUGUGCCUCAUCGCCGAGGAGCACGUCGGCCUGGGGUGCCCCGCCCGGCCAAUCGGAGAGCGGCUGAAAGAAACCGCCAACAACCAGGAGGAGGAUGAGGAGCAGGAGGAGGAAGAAGAAGAAGAGGAGGAGGAGGAGGGGGAGGAGGAUGGCCAGCAAGCACAGCAGCAACCCCCCACCCAACAGCAGCCUAAGAACUCCUGUAUCCAGACUGAGAUCUAAGGCCUCAAGUGCUGCAAAGACGCCACGCUUUUUGACUAAUCUUUUCUCCUCCUCUCGAAUUAAACCCUGCAGCUUCUACAGGCGGAGCUGUUGUUCCCAGUUUCACGUUUGUUCUCCUCUCCUGGAAUAACGAGGCAUCCCCUUUUGACAGAGUACAAAGUACGUUCUGUGUUCACUGACAGAGAGGUCGAGAGGUGAGUUACAAGUAGACGGUUCAAAAGCAAAGGGGCAGGUGGUUGUUGAACGAGGCGUCGAAGGGGAUCCAAGUUGGGUUUUGUUGGUUAGUUAUUUUUACCACAGAUGACCUGUGUUGCUCCUCAGCAUCCUGAGAGCCGCUGGUGACGGUGGCCCACCUCUCAGCGCGCCGGUGACCCGUCGACGGUGGCAGCCACGUUGUGAUCCGCGUAGGCUCACUCAAACGACCCACUGUGUCUUGAAGGGAACCGGCCCAAAGGGGACCAGGCGGCCUGUGAUUCGCAAUUUUUGUUUCUUCUCGUAUUCGAAAGGACAGCCUUCCGCUCUAAACUGGACCAGGCUUGAUCGUAACGCCCUUAAUGCAAUUCACCAGAGAAAUGAGAAAAGACCUAUUUAAAAGUCCCCAAGAAAAAAAAAAAGCACAGGUAUCCUCAGACCAAUGUUAAAGGGUUACACUAUGAAAGACGAAAUCUGCAAAGACUUUAUUCAAACCGGCACCAAGUAUUGUUGUAUUCCUCCGUAAUACCCCCUUUUAUUUUCCGAAUCUCUUUCCCCUUCGGGCCCUGUGUUUUGGUUCCAUCGAUAGUGUUGUGAGUUCAUGUUAAAAUAAGAAGGUGCAACCGGGGCCAACGCCUCUGGAUUCUAGUGUAGAAAAACCGCUGCUCUCUGGCAGAGAUGUAGGCUAUGGGAAGGUCUCUGGAAGGCCAUUGAAUAAGGAGAUGGCUUACCUUGUAGGAAGAUAAUGAUGAAAGUCAUUAUGAUACUAUAAGCCAAUGGGUUGCUUCAAUUCUGUGAUAUUGUAUGAAGACAAAGCAAAGUUUCUUGUUUUUUUUGGUUUCUUGUUUUGUUUCUUUCUCCUGUUUAAAGGUGUUUAUUCAGGCCGGGGGUGCGGUCCUCGCCUGAUCAGAGAGAACCUUGAGGAUCUCCGCUAUCUUUGUCGAUUCAUGGUGCCUUCAACAUGCUGUUUCCUUUUUAAAAGAUCUGUUUCUCUCCACUGUGUCUUUAAGACUUUUUCAUUAUAAGAAUGUCUAUGGAGGUUCGGACGCUAUAAUAUCAAUAUACAAAUAUAAAUAUAUAUAUAUAGGGUGUUCAUAACUCUUACACAUAAAACAACGCAGUACCCACAGACUGUGGACCACACGGUAAAUGAAGACUUUUCAAUUGCCUACCAAAGACAGCACUCAGGCUCUUGUUAAAUCCUUACAGUCAAUGUUUCUGUUCCAACGGGAGACAGAGUUUUUGUGCGUCCUUUUGGCACCAUAGGAGAUGAGUGAAGACCGGAACCAACACACACACACUUACACCACCACACGUAAAGACUGCUGUUUUGUACAUGCUUUACAAAAUGCUACGCAAAUAAACAAGGCCACCAAAAGGCCCACGGCACCUGCACUGUUAACUGUUGUUUCCUUCCAUUCAUAACCUGAGAUGCACACAAAAAUGAAAAGUUGUGCGUGUUUGUGGGGUUUGACGUUUUACGGUUUCUCAUUCCCUCUGUUGUUUUGCUCGGUUAAUCCAGAUCACCUAAUCAAUCGGUGCUGCUGCACGGACCAGAAGUCCCAACAUGUGUUGGCUGGACUGAGUGUUCAAUGCAGUUAAUCAGUUAAAACAUUUCAAGAUCACUAGUUUGCCUGAGUUCGUCCAUCACCAGAUAUUUGAGGGCAUAUCUACCAGUAUUCUCACCCAAGGUUUGGUUUGGUGGGUCGGGCCCUGCCCGUUUAAAAGCGUAGUUCAGAGUGUCUACUUCCUGGUUGUUUGUCUUCCUCCUAAUCAUAACACUAGUGCCAGAUAUUAUUUGUUAUUUGUUCAUAACGGCAUAAGGUAUUUGUAUAUUUUUGUUCGCUAAUUUGCUUUACAAUAUGCGUGUUGAUGCAUAUCUGGGGAAAAAUUAAAAACAUUGUAAGACA